AUGGGUGUCAGCUUUAGAUAUUGGGAUGAUUGUGUCGAUCCCCAGGACAUGCAAGAAAUGUGGAUGGAUCCUGAUGUCAGUGCUGAAUGGAUAACUGCUGGGGAGACUGUAGGAUCAAAGGUUCACCUGUCACGUGAUACUGAUGGCCAGCCUUAUUUGACACAAAAUGAGAUGAAGGCUGUGGCUGGGAUUAUUGUUCACAGGCAUUUUAUAUCAGAGAUAGAUUCGGAUAUGCUUUGUGCUAUUGGUCAGCUUGAAAGUGAUCGACAUCUGCUGACUACAAGUUAUAAUAAAAAAAGUAAAGCCUCGGCAAUUGGGAUCAUGCAAAUUUUACCAAAAACUGCUGAGUGGCUAAUUAGUGAGCUGGGUUACAAUGAAUAUGAUUUGCAUGGCGAUUCAGAUCUUCUCUACAAGCCUUUCAUAAACCUAUAUCUAGGUGCUGCCUAUCUCAAGUGGUUAUCAUAUUAUGGAAACAAAGAAAGAAGUGAAGAGUUCAUGGUGAGGUCUUAUCACGGGGGUGUAAAGAAAGCUACACAUAAAUCAACAUUGGCAUACUGGAAACGAUAUCUUUCUGUCAAGGAAAGCCUUCCAUCCAGACAAAUUUUCAAAGUUGAUACCUUGCUUAUGCCUAAUGAUUCUGCUUCUGGUACUGCAUCUUCAAACACUCAAGUACCUAUCAAUGUGACAUGGGAGUCGAGGGCUUCUCCAGAAGACAUGGAGUAUAUGUGGAAUAACCCUGUCGUCAACAAGGAGUGGACAAAAUCUGGAGAGAAACGGGGGAGGGUACGGAUUUCUCAUGAUAGCGAGAGGAGACCAUAUCUUUCUCGGAUAGAACUCAAGGGAGUUGCAGAAACGGUUGUGUCCAAGCACUUUAGCACGAAUGGAGUGAAGCCGACGAUUUUAUGUGCUAUUGCGGAGAUUAUUAGCAAGCGUUAUGUGAAUGGCAUAGGGCAACGUACAGGGUUAAUGGGCAUUGACUAUCCUACUGCUUGUUGGAUAUACAGGGACUUGGGGUACAGGGCCUACAAAGUAGAGUCAUUCGAUGAUCUCACAAAACCAUUUGUUUCCAUGUAUUUUGGGGCAGCGUAUCUGAUGUGGUUAUCGGAAUAUGAAGGGAGGAAGCGGAGCAUCCAGUUUAUGGUUCAAGCUUAUAUAUCGGGGCCAAAGAAUUUGAAGCUUGAAAAGGCAAAUCCUAUGUGGCUCAAGUUCGAGGAGGCAUUGGGUCGAUAUGAAGAGAACAAGGAAGCUGCUCCAUACUAUAAGUAUAAGCCAAGCCAUGGCAGGUCUCUAUUUGUAAAACCUUCUCUGUUGUAA